GAAAAGAAAAUGGAGAAUUUGACAUUAGGGACGAGCAAGGGCGGCCUCGGGUUGAACUGCAGCAUGUCUGGACGACAUAACAUCGUUUUCACGCUCGUUCCUGUGGUGUACAGCUGCAACUUUGUCAUCGGCAUUGUGGGUAACAGCAUGGUGGUGGCCGUCAUCUAUCGCUACAUGAAGCUGAGGUCGGUGGCCAAUGUCUUUGUGCUCAACUUGGCCAUUUCAGACCUUACCUUCCUCAUUACUCUGCCCCUUUGGGCAACCUUUACCGCAGCCGGCUACCAUUGGCCGUUUGGUAGCCUUUUGUGUAAGGCCAGUGCAGGAUUGGCUAUCUUCAACCUGUACACCAGUAUCUUCUUCCUCACAGCUCUUAGCAUAGACCGUUAUCUGGCCAUCGUCCACCCGGUACGCUCGAGACGCAGACGCACGCUCCUCUACGCCCGUCUCACCUGCAUCUUCAUCUGGGUGUUUGCUUUCCUCCUGAGUGCGCCCACUGCCCUUAGCCGCGACGUUCACCAAAUGGGCAACUCCAGCUCCACCUUGUGUGCCGUGGUCCACCGAGGAGAACUCAUCCACCUUCUGAUCAGCCUGAGCGUGAUGAAGAGCGUGCUGGGAUUUGUGGUUCCCUUUCUCAUCAUCAUCACCUGCUAUUGCCUGAUUGGUCGAGCUCUGCUGGGGGCCAGAGGAGGGCUGAGGAAAAGCGUUCGUUCGCGGGAGGACGAGGUGCUGCGGAUGCUGGCAGCCGCCGUGCUGGCUUUUUUCGUCUGCUGGGCGCCACAUCAAGUCUUCUACUUCGUGGAACUGUUGGUGGUGUCGGGCGUGGUGGAUAACUGUAAGGUGGUGGAUGUCAUUGACACCGCCUUGCCCUUCACCAUUUGCCUGGCCUACUUUAACAGCUGCGUGAACCCAAUCCUUUAUAGUUUUGUGGGUCACAACUUCCGGAAGAACCUGCUACAGUUGCUGCGUUGUCGGCCGGGCACGGACGAGGGACGCCAGAGCCUCAGCUCUAAGAUGAACUCGCUUUCACACCGUGCCACGGAGAUUCUACACCUCACAGGGAGCAAGAAGAGCACGGUGACAGCAUAA